UUUUCGAACUUGUCACUGUGUAUGACGCAUACGCCAAGAAAUAACAUCGAAUUAAUUUCGCAUUGUACCUACGCGUAAUUCAUGAUUGUGUUACGAAAGCGCUGAUUUAGGCCUAGAAAAGAAUAAGUGGUUUCCAAAAUGAGUUUUCUCGGGAAAAUAUUCGGUGGCAAAAAAGAAGAGAAGGGGCCCACUACGCAUGAAGCUAUCCAAAAACUCCGUGAAACUGAAGAAUUGCUGAUCAAGAAGCAAGAGUUUUUGGAAAAGAAGAUCGAUUUAGAAGUACAGACAGCCAGGAAACAUGGCACUAAGAACAAAAGAGCUGCCAUUGCAGCUCUCAAGCGGAAGAAGAGAUACGAGAAGCAACUUACUCAAAUAGAUGGGACCCUCACUCAGAUUGAGGCCCAAAGGGAAGCGCUAGAAGGUGCCAAUACCAAUGCCCAAGUAUUGAACACUAUGCGCGAGGCAGCUAAUGCCAUGAAGCUCGCACACAAAGACAUCGAUGUGGACAAAGUACACGAUAUCAUGGAUGAUAUUGCUGAACAACACGAUAUCUCUCGUGAGAUCACCGAGGCGAUCAGUAACAAUGUGGCCUUCCCUAAUGAUAUAGAUGAAGAUGAACUCGAGAAGGAACUUGAAGAAUUAGAACAGGAGGAUCUGGACAAGGAGAUGCUGGGCAUCAAUGUGCCGACGGACACGCUGCCCGAUGUCCCGGCCUCGGAACUGGUACACGACAAACCCAAACCGAGCAAGUCGAAACAAACAGAGGACGACGAUGAGCUUGCUCAGCUGCAGUCGUGGGCCACAUAGGACGCGGCCGCGGCGCCCCGCUGUACUUCGCCGGAGCUUUCAUCGGAGCUUUCACAAUCCAGUACUGCACCGCUUAUCGUAUCCCUCAAUCCCAUACAAAACUUGAUACGGAAGCUCAGUCAAAGCUUGUCCGCAAUAUCGGUGCCGAAAAUCGAGCUUCCGAGAAAAGCUUCGGCCAGAUAUAAGAGGCAUCGGCAGAUGGGCGACGACCUACAUCGACGUUUAGAAAUCGAUCAGGCACUAAGAAUGACAGGUCUAUGGUAAUUUCAAUAUCGGCAUUUUGUCAGAACUUCGCUUGGGUAAUAAUAAGCUCUGCCAUGAUUUGUAAUAUACGUUUGGCAAUAAGCAAACCAUUCCUUUGUGUAAUUUUUCAUAACACUAUGGAAUAUUAUGGUCGAUAAUACAAUAAUAAUCGUAAUAAACUCAGAACUUUAAUCGGUCAAGACUUCACAUUUUACGACACGGUCAUGUAACUUUGAAUUUUCGUGUAUAUAAUAUCGACGUUGUUAACUUGACUAACGUAAUAAGAUCUGUUAAAAUGCUUUAAACGGAAAUAUCAAAAAUAUUUGUCUUUCAAUUAGAAUACUCACCCCGAAAAAAUAUGUGAUUAUAAGCAAGAAGAAAAUGUAGAAGUGACUGAUCAAGUGAGUGAAUUAAUUGGAUUAAAAUACAAUAUAUUGUGAGCAAAGUACAAAUAUGACAUAAAAGAUUAGUCUUAGUAUGAUUAACAUACGAUUCAAGAUUGAUCUAGUAAUGUUUAACAGAUGUUCAAGCAAAUUCAUAAAGAAUUCUUAAUAAUAAUAAUCUUUAAUAAUAGUACCGAUUAAUUAACUCAAAUUCAAUGAGUGUGUUAAUUGUAAUGAUACGUUAGGUAUUUUCAAUGAAUGUUCUAAAAAUUGUCGUAUAGUAUCAAUUUAGCAAGAAAAAAGUUUGUUCAGGAGUACACAGAAAUGAUGAAUCGAUCAUUAGACAACGCACAAUUCAAAUUAUGUGAAAUCGCAUAACAGUCUCUUAUAUGAAAUUUGCGAUAUCUGUGCUCGACUAUGACCGCGUUUCAUUGGGAGGGAUAUAGGCUCAUUAAUAUUUAUCCUUUUUUUUUAUAUUGGUGGACGAGCUCACAGCCCACCUGGUGUUAAGUGGUUACUGGAGCCCAUAGACAUCUACAACGUAAAUGCGCGCCACCCA